AUGCCAUUAAAUUCUUCAUUCGAAAAGCUACCCACAGAAGUUAUCCGAAGAAUCAUGCAUUUUCUCUCGGUUUACCACAUCUCCAUCGCAUUCACAUGUCCCCGCAUGUAUAAAAUAUUCAAAAAUGUGCAUCUGCAGCCUCUCAGUCUUUACAGCGAAUGUGUUCAACCUCACGUUGAUCCUGCCAAUAAGAAACGCAUGCACUUAAAACUUUUAGAGUACGCGUGGAUCAUGAGAGUGUUUGAGCCAAAGGACUAUGUAUUCGAAGUACUGACACGCGAGUGUCAGCGCAUAAUUAACAAUAUAAUCUAUGGAUAUCGUUAUCAAUACGAUGGUCGAUUUCUAUGUCGUCCAUACUAUGACGAUCAAGGAAACUGCAGAGAUCUGAAGCAUAGGUACCAAGAUUACGAUUUCUACACCCGGUGCUGGUCUAAUCGAAUGCCGAAGGAUUUUCAGUAUCCGUACCCAUACAAUAAAGGACGAUUCACUUAUGAGACGGAAGUGAAGGGAGCUAUUCAUGUACUGUUUGAUUCGAUAGAUGAUGCAACUCCUCAGAAGUACAAGGAACGCAUAGAUUUUAUGUGGAAGUUCCUAAAAAUUGGAUCAAAUGCGAAAGUGAAGGGCCUGGUCACUGCGAAUCUAUCUUUGAAAUACUUUGGUCAGUGGAGGGAGAUAAUGGAAUUUUGA